CCUAACCUCAAAUCAGAAAUUUUGACAACCUUGACCUUGGUCGGUGGAGCCUCACGCAGCAGCUAGUGAUGGACCAAUUUCAAAUCAAAAUAUUCGGGAAUCAGAUACAACGCUGCAUGUGAAAUGCUAGGUGAAAUAUUCUAAUCUAAAGUACCAUAAAAUGUCAUUGUUUCAUAAUUCCAUAAUUAAUCGAAGUUAUUUCCUAUGCUAUGGUUCAAAGCCUUAAUGAAAGGAGGACUAGAGUACAGCACAUCUCUAGGAUAAGCACGCAAACUGUUAUCGAGGUUUAUUAUGUGGGUUGCAGAGAAAUGAAAAUGGAAACGUGAUGGAAAGUGGGUCAGUCAACAUUCAAAGGCAAAGGUUCAAAAAAUGAAUUCCAAAAAAGCACUUCGUCAUGUUUGAUCGUCUAUUUAAACCAGCACCAUGGCAAGCAAUGCCCAAGAGCAAGAUUGCCGCUAUUGCUGCGAGAUUUGUGCACGCGAAUUACUGACUGAGGAGGAUCUUAGAACCCAUAGACAAAAGGGACAUGGGUAUGGAAAAGCAGUGUGCCCCUUCUGUGAACAAUGUGAAGUGUCACAAGAGCUUGAGAUUCAUGUGAAUCGAGCUCACUUGGAUUUUCUUACACCAGAAACAGAGCACAAUAUUACAUUCAUAGAUGAUCCUAGUCCUAGUGAAUACAAUGGAAUUAAUGGAGAGAAUUGUGAGAACAAUCAUUACAAUUUUCCAUCAUACUCAAAUAGCAAUCAAAAUCAAUUAGAAGCUAGAAGUAGUGUCAACAAUAUCAAUAUAAGCCCCAAGGUAAAUGGUGGUGGAGCAUUGAGUCCAGCCAUCUCCAGACAUGGUGGUCAAGGAUCUCCAUCACGUUCAAAAUUAGAUUUGAAACUGAAAAGCGCUGUAGCAAGUGGCGCCCAAAAUAAGCUGCAGUGCCCCAUGUGCAAUUAUACCAGUUUGAGUCCUAGUCAACUUGAAGAGCAUGUCAACAGGAGCCAUUUUGACUUGACUUCUCCGUCAUUGGGCGCAAAUACGAACGAAUCGUUUUCAUGCCCGCUGUGUAUAAAAAGCUUCAAGUCAGCCCCUGACUUGGAGCUACACGUUAACAUCGAGCAUCGAGACAUCUUAUCGCCCGCUAGUCCAUCUACUCAGUCCUGCCCAAUAUGUGGAAUCACUUUCGACAGUUCGUACAGCAGCGAGUCCGCAGCCCGUCAUGUAGACUCCCACUUCCCUGGCGCUUUGGGAGCUGAAGCAGGAGGUCCCUCCGACGACCGAGCCACGUUAAGGGAGCGCGAGAGGCGGGAGUUUGAGCAACUCCGCGCGCAAUACGGCUUGGACGACCAGGGGAAUUUCCGGGAACAGUUUGUGCACAAUAUGCAGCGUGCCGUUUACUUGGGAGAGAUGAGUGUGGCGGACUAUUAUGAAAGGACAAUUGACCUGAAGGUGGCCGAGAGUUGCGGAGUUGAUGAUGGGAGUUCUGUUACUAGGAGCAUUGUGCCACGCGUUCGCGCUAUGACAGCCUCUCUACCCUUCGUAUCCUGCUGCUACAUGUGUACCUGCGUGGACCACUACGCCUCCUCAUAUGGCGAUCGAGGCUGGGGAUGCGGCUACCGCAACUCGCAGAUGCUUAUCGGCAGUCUGCUUACUCACACGGGGUACAACGAACGGCUGUACCGGUUGUGGCAGGGACAGAAACCGCCGAGAAGUGCAGUACCGAGCAUCUCCAGAAUACAGUGUCUUAUAGAGCAGGCGUGGGAACAGGGAUUUGAUAUACAGGGUUCUGAGCAGUUAGAAUGUAAGCUGGUUAACACACGGAAAUGGAUAGGUGCUACGGAAGUUGUGACGUUAUUGUCAUAUCUACGUAUUAAAUGUCGACUAGUCGAUUUUCACCGUCCAACUGGCCCCGGAGGCACUCAUCCGGAGCUUUUCAAGUGGGUGCUACAGUAUUUCGAAAAUUCAGUAGGUGGAGAGUUCACGCCUCCCUUGUAUCUGCAACAUCAAGGCCAUAGUCGAACCAUCAUGGGGAUUGAAGUCCACCGAGACGGUAGUUUAAUCCUACUAGUCCUCGAUCCUAGUCACUCUCCUCAAGAGAUGGCGCAAAUGGGAGUUACGAACAAUGCUGCCACUGCAAACUCACUCAGGUUAUUGAGGAAGAGCGAAUCUGCGAUGAAGGCGCGUCAAUACCAAAUUGUUGCAGUUGUCGGGACGAUUGACAGUGAACAGCUCUAUCAGCACUGUAAAGUUCUACGUGGUUUCCGAAUACCGCUGGAACGGUGAGAAUUACUCUGCAAGAAAGCGAAAAUGGAUUUGAGUGAACUGAAGCAAUUAAAUGAUAUUUCUACAUAUUUCACCACCUUUGCUGUUCAUAAUUCUUCAAAGAUGUUUACAAAGUUCAAAUCCUAAGGUUAAUUAUAUCAUCAUUUUAUAGAUUUAAGAUAGCAAUUGCGUUAGUUUUAAAUCACUAUUCAUCUUGUUUCUCUGGUCGGUUGAUAAGACCUCAUAAUUCACCUUGAACAAAAUGCUAGCUUUAUAGCUUCUGAUCUGAUCUCAAUUGUUUUCAGAGUAUCUAAUAUUAACCGGAAAAAAUAUUUCAAAUUUUCCGCUGAAUUGCUAUUAUAGGAUAAAUGAACUGCUGAUUUUUUUUUUUGUAGUAAUAUAGAAUAUGCAUACAGGGAAAACAAACUAGAGUAAACAUAAAAAUGAUCAAGAUUUAAUUCCAUAUUGCCCAGCAUGGAUUUUUACAACCAAUAUCCAUAUUUGUUAUAGAAGCCACACCAAUUUCAAAAUCAAUCACUCAGCGCAUAGGUAAGUCGCCAAAUCUUCAGUAAAGUACGGGGCACAAAACAUAUGAUUUUAAAGAAAAUUCAUAUAGUGAUAGUUCCUGAUGUGCUGAGCAAAUGUUCCCAUUGGACGCAAGAUUUCUAUUGGAGGUACAAGUUAUUAAGGUUUGGUGCCUGGGCCCCAUGUGGAUAAGAGUUUCUGCACCAAAAACUAACUUGUCUUUAAUUCAUUCAAGGAACUUGACGAAAUGAUAAAAACCCGAUGAACGCACAAUAUUUACAGGGUGUGCCAACGAAAAUGGAAAGUUGUUUAACAGAACACCUAUAUAUUCGAAAAUGGUUUGCAACAAGGUUGACAUCUUAUUGGUGUGUCUAUCUAAAUUAUUUGGAAAUUUGCACAUUUCGAACAACAAACAUGUUUUUUUAUGUUAUAUUAGAUAUUUGGAAAGACUUUUCGAAAGCAAGAAGAUUGAUAUAAUAUACUGUAGAAUUUUGAUCGUCAUGUGUUUGGUUAUUUUAUAAAAAAAUGUCUGUCCUUGAAGGCUUUGCCUUCUGCCAUUUUGCGUAGUUUUUCACUUAAUUUUGGAACGAGGAUUAAAAAGUACGCCAACUUUGUCAGGGUAUCGCAGAACUUUUUUCUUAAAAAUUUUAAAUAGAACAUCCCAUGUUCAUAUUUUCACACCAUCAGAUUCGCGUUUUUAUAAGUUUACCACACAUCAGUUUUGAUACUGCUUUAUUAGAAUGGCUGUCUGAUUAUACAUAAUAAAAUAUAACGCGAUUCAUAAAAAAAAAUUAGAAAUACACAUACAGGGUGACUUUGAAGUUGAGUCAUUAAUUUUCAGAUAAUGAUUGUAGAAGGAAGAUAAACCAAAAUAUGUGUGUAAAAAUAAAAAAAAAUUAAAAAAAAAAAUGUUACCUUGUUUUAUAAAGUAUCCUCCCGACAAGUAUUUCAGUGCGGACCUGUGCGCCCAAAAGCAUGUCACAAAAACUGUUCGAAAUGAUUUCCGUUUUGCUCGACGCACAGCUGGGCGCGUCUUAGCCAUGUCUCUUUACAAGCACGCAAUAAAAUCACUGGUUGAUUUCUGAUCACUGUACUCAUUUCCUCAAUUCGAGCACGUAAUUCUUCGGGUGUAUUAACCGGUGUUUUAUACACUAGAGUUUUUAGCCAACCCCACAAACAAAAGUCUAAAGGAUUUAAGUCCGGAGACCUUGGCGGCCAAGGUACAAAACCGCCACGGCCGAUCCAACGAUUAUUAAAUUGUCUAUUUAAAAAUUCACGCACAUUUCUUGCAUAAUGGGGUGGUGCCCCAUCUUGUAAAAACCACAUGUUUUGUCUAAUAUUUAAAGGCACAUCUUCCAGUAAACCAGGCAAAUUGUGUUGCAAGAAAUCAAAAUAAUUUUCACCAGUUAAGCGAUUUGGUAAUUCAAAAGGCCCCACUAAAAUUCCAUUAACAAUUCCCGCCCACAGGUUGAUUGGUUCAAAUCGCUGUUGAAAAUUGGUUUCCCUUAUUUCAUGGGGAUUUUCAAUAGCCCAAACGUGAGAAUUACGUGAAUUAAUAAUUCCGUUUCUAGUAAAGAGGGCUUCAUCACUCACUAAAAUUUGAUUUAAAAAAUUGUCAUCAUUUUGAUGUUUAUUUAAAAGCCAAUUGC